AUAUCAAUGCAUUGGCUCUUUCCAAUACACAAAACAUAUUCUUUUUUUCACUUCAUUGAAACAUUAGCCUUUGAAACCAACAUGAAGAACUUAACACUACAAGUGUUCACAGGAAGAUGGUUCAUGGUAUUUGCAACUAUUUUGAUCUUAUCAUCCUCUGGUGCUACAUACAUAUUUGGUAUAUACUCAACUGAUAUCAAAACAUCGCUCGGAUACGAUCAAACCACCCUUAAUUUACUAAGUUUCUUCAAAGAUUUAGGUGGAAAUGUUGGUAUAUUAUCUGGUUUAAUCAAUGAAGUAACACCCCCUUGGGUUGUUCUUUCAUUUGGUGCUAUCCUUAACUUCUUUGGUUACUUCAUGAUUUGGCUUUCAGUGACUAAAAAAAUCCCAAAACCUAAAAUUUGGCACAUGUGUUUGUACAUUUGUGUUGGUUCAAAUUCUCAAUCUUUUGCUAACACUGGUGCAUUAGUUACUUGUGUUAAAAACUUCCCUGAGAGUCGUGGCGCGGUUCUUGGACUACUUAAGGGUUAUGUUGGAUUAAGUGGUGCAAUGUUGACACAAAUUUACCAUGCCAUAUAUGGUAAUGAAUCUAAGUCUCUUAUUCUACUUAUUGCUUGGCUUCCUAGUGUUGUUUCAUUGGUUUUCUUGCGUAUAAUUCGCGUUAUGAAGGUGAUUCGAGUUCAACAUGAGAUGAAAGUGUUUUAUAAGUUUUUGUAUACAUCACUUGGACUAGCUGGAUUUCUAAUGUUGGUUAUUAUACUUCAAAAAAAGAUGCAUUUUAACCAAAUUGAAUAUGGUUUAAGCACUUUAAUUGUUCUGUUUUUGCUCUGUCUACCACUUGUUAUUGUUGUUAAAGAAGAAUUUGAUACAUUGAAAAUCAACAAACAAAGUGUAUCAUCAGUCACUGAGGUGACAAAUACUCAACUUCAAAUGGUGAUACAAAGUGAUACAAAAGAUCAAAGUGAGAUACAAGUUCAACAACAUGAUGUUUCUUGUUGGAAGACAGUUUUUCGCGCACCAGAUAGAGGUGAAGACUAUACUAUACUUCAGACUUUAUUCAGUAUUGACAUGUUGAUACUGUUUUUCGCGACAAUUUGUGGCGUUGGAGGGACAUUAACAGCAAUAGACAACUUAGGACAAAUAGGGGCAUCAUUAGGCUAUCCAAAAACAAGUGUUAGUACAUUUGUAUCAUUAGUUAGUAUAUGGAAUUACUUAGGUAGAGUUGUGUCUGGCUUCUUGUCUGAGCAUUUCUUGACCAAGUACAGAUUUCCAAGGCCUCUCAUGCUCACGAUAACACUCGUGAUCUCUUGUUUAGGUCAUCUUUUAAUCGCGUUCAACGUGUCUGGGGGCCUAUAUGUUGCAUCUAUAGUCAUUGGAUUUUGCUUUGGGGCACAAUGGCCAUUGUUAUAUGCCAUAAUAUCAGAGUUAUUUGGGCUGAAAUAUUACUCAACACUUUAUAAUUUUGGAUCAGUAGCAAGUCCAAUUGGUGCUUAUUUGCUAAAUGUAAGAGUUGUUGGCUAUUUGUAUGAUAAAGAGGCUAAUAGACAAAUAGUGGCUAUGGGAAAAAUUAGGGAAAUUGGUGAAGAUUUGGAGUGUAAUGGAGAUGAAUGUUUUAAAUUAGCCUUUUUAAUUAUUACUGGUGUGACAAUUUUAGGGGCAUUUGUGUCAAUUAUUUUGGUUUUAAGAACUAGGAAGUUUUAUAAGAAUGAUAUUUACAAGAAAUUUAGAGAAGAAGCAAAAGUGGCUGAAAAAGAAAUGGCUAUGGCUGCAAAUUAUGGAGGGCUACUUAAGAAAUAAUAAUAAUAAUAAUAAUAAUAAUAAUUCUGUUAAAGGAAUUAUUAUUAAUUUGUAAUGUAAUAUUAAUGAUUAUAUAUGUAAUUUGAUAUCUAAUCAUAUCUCUAGUUUUCAAGUAUUAAA